AUGGGAGCUAAUCUUGACAAGUUAUCAUCUUCUGAUGUUCAAUCUCAAGUAAAGGUGAAGAAUAGUGAACUAGAGUCAAGCGCUGAAAGGUCUGAUAGCUCUUCACUAUCUUUGUCAAAAGGAAGACAUAAUGAUGAGGAGAAGAGUGAUUCUUUAUCGGUGAGUGGGGCCAAGCAACAAGGUCUUUCUAGUAGUAUGAAUAGUAUGUCUUUAUCUACCAAAUCUGGAAGCUCAAAGAAUGUCAGCGAGGGAAGAACUAUAUCAAAAUCACAGUAUAGACCUGAGAAGUGGAUGCUACCUGACCAAGUAGAAAAUAGAUUGAAUCAACUUAAUCUCGCCAUUGUUGGUCAUGUUGAUUCUGGGAAGUCAACACUCUCUGGAAGGCUGCUACACCUUUUGGGGCGAAUAUCCCAAAAAGAAAUUCACAAAUAUGAAAAAGAGGCUAAAUUACUAGGGAAGGGGUCCUUUGCUUAUGCGUGGGCAUUGGAUGAGAGCGCUGAAGAAAGGGAAAGGGGGAUAACAAUGACGGUGGCUGUUGCUUAUUUCAAUACAAAAAAAUAUCAUGUUGUUCUGCUUGAUUCCCCGGGUCAUAAAGAUUUUGUGCCAAACAUGAUAUCUGGUGCAACUCAGGCAGAUGCGGCAAUUCUUGUUAUAGAUGCUUCAAUUGGUUCAUUCGAAACAGGUAUGGAUGCUACUGGAGGGCAAACAAGGGAGCAUGCACAACUUAUUAGAAGUUUUGGUGUUGAUCAAAUUGUAGUUGCGAUUAACAAAAUGGAUGUUGUGAAAUAUGCUAAGGAACGUUUCGAUAUGAUAAAGCUGCAACUUGGAACCUUUCUUCGCACUUGUGGCUUCAAGGAUUCUUCUGUGUCAUGGAUUCCCUUGAGUGCCAUGGAAAACCAAAAUUUGGUGGCUGCUCCUUCAGAUGUACGAUUAUUUUCCUGGUGUCAGGGACCUUGUCUACUGGAUGCAAUUGAUUCUCUCCAAAAUCCUGCAAGAGAUUACUCAAGGCCCCUACUGAUGCCCAUUUGCGAUGUCAUCAAAUCCCAAACACAAGGGCAGGUGUCCGCAUGUGGAAAAUUGGAGGCUGGAGCUCUUAGAAGUGGCUCUAAGGUUCUAGUUAUGCCAUCUAGAGGCAUAGGGACAGUGCGUUCCGUGGAGCGUGACUCUCAGGUUUGUAGUAUUGCAAGAGCUGGUGACAAUGUGGGUGUCAGUCUACAAGGCAUCGAUGGGAGUCAUGUGAUGGCCGGUGGUGUGUUGUGUCACCCUGAUUUUCCAGUUGCAGUUGCAAACCAUUUGGAAGUGAAGAUUCUGGUUUUGGAUAUUACGACCCCAAUUCUUGUUGGCUCUCAGUUGGAAUUUCACAUACACCAUGCAAAGGAGGCUGCCAGGGUAGUAAAGAUAUUGUCAUUGCUCGAUCCAAAGACUGGAAAGGUGACAAAGAAGGCACCACGAUUUCUGAUGGCAAAGCAGAGUGCAGUAGUGGAGGUGGCUCUUCAUGAAGCGGUUUGUGUGGAAGAGUAUUCUACUUGUAGAGCUCUUGGGAGGGUUUUCCUUAGAUCAUCAGGAAGAACUGUUGCUCUUGGUGUUGUAACCCGAAUAAUAAAGGGGCAGGAAUAGUUUUCUUUGACAGGAGACAACUUAAUGUCCUGGCACUUGACAUACUGACAAACCAACUCCCAAUAUACUUGGAAGAACUGUGUCCUGAAACUGAGUUGUAGCUCAUAGCCAACUCCUCUAUUAUUACGCAGCCACGGUGGGAAUUUUUUGGGUAGAAAAUUAGGUUUAUAUUAAGGACCAAGUCUCUGUUUAUUCGCCUAUAUGAUGUAGUGGUUCUCUGAAGCAUGAUAUAUUCUCUUGUUCUUUUCUUUUUGGCUUUUGCUUUUAUAUUUAUGUAUGUGCCUGUUGUUUUGCAGCUAAGGUUGACACUUGAUCUUAUCUUCCUUAGAUCAAUCAGAUCAGGUACUGAAUAGUUUGCCUUGUCUCUGUAGACUCGACCUCAACAAAGAAUGCAUAAUUGCAUAUACCAGAGUCAAAUACCGCAAUUGGGGGCUCCCACCCUCAUCCUAUGUCCAAUGUUUGAAAGCUACCAUCAAAGUUUAUACAUUAUCGUGAUAUA